UACUCAUCAUCGACCGAAGUGUGUUUAAUAGCCAUUAAAAAACCUUUCUUGUAUAGUCGAGUUAUGACACUAAAAUCAGCUACAAUAAUUGUGGCCAUUUCGUGGAUUUACUCUGGAUUUUUCUGCACAUUCCGCCUGAUGGGAAUGUCUGACAAAGCGUAUAUCUUACUGGAUACACAUCUACAUGUAACUUUCUCAUUUUUCUCAUUGACUCUCUUAUUUGCUUUCAUAUACUCCAACUUGAAGACAGAAAAAAGGCGGAAAUUCAAAGAAGUCACAUCUGUGGAAAAUAUAGACAACACAACUAGAGAAAAACUUCAGGAAAUCAAAUCUGACAAGCGGCUUUUGGUGACAAUAUUCUUCAUCUUAUCUCUCUUUUUCCUAACAUAUUCGCCUUACGCUGUUUUCAUUCAUUUGGAAUAUUUCUGCACAUCAUGCAGUAAAUCCAUGCAAGUUUUAUUAUUUCAUGAGCCAAUCAUCUGA